AUAAUAUACCAAAACCUAUGGUAAACCAAAACGGCAAAACCCAAACAACCCAACAUGGAAGACACACAGCUUCCCCUGAGUGAGCAAAAGCACGAGCGAAAGCCCAUUUCCAUCCCCUUCGUAUGGGAAGAAAAACCCGGCACCCCCAAGAAGGACUGGAGACCAAACCCCCGACCCAUCAGCACCAAUCCCUGCCCGCCACCUGUCAAAUUCGUUGUCUCUGUCCCUUUCGGGUGGGAAGAAAAGCCCGGCACCCCCCUCCAAUCCUACACAUUUCCAAAACGCUCGUUGGCAAAUGAGUACAGAAGGUUCUCGAGUAAUGGAGGAACCGAUGGAUCAUCAGACUCGGAGUCGUCCGAAGUGUGCAGUUUCAAAACGAGCGGCUCGUUUGGCUCUGCAAGGUCCCUCAUAGCCGAUGGCUUAAUACUGCCACCUGUUGCGCUCGGGACACGUGUCCCAGUUCAGAAAGCUGCACUUGAUCCGGAAAGUUUGGGGCCCGAGAGCCCGGGCUCGGUGGAUGAACGUGCGGUUGAUGGGGCCUCUUUCUUGGAGUGGCUUUUUCCUCUGCUGGUGCCGAGCUCGAGUUUUUCGAACAGAGAUGGACUCCUGGAAAGGGAUGAGAAAGAGUUCUUGGACGAAAGGAAUUCCAGUCAAGUGAAAAGGCCGCUGCUGACGCUUGGGGAGCUGAUAGUGAUGAGCCGAAGGAGAAGUUGCAGGAGGAAAGUUGACAGAAUACGUGAGCAGUCAUCCAUGGACUUCAUGAGGAGGAACGCUUGGGGCUGCUUCGCCUUCGGUAAUGGCAAAGGCAUGAACAGUCUGCAGAUGAAGUGGAAGAAACAAUUGCAACUUAUUUAAAAAUAGGGCCUGGAAAAAGUUUAUGUUCGUUCAAAUAAAAACCUGCAGAAAAAACUGUGUCAGCAAUGGUUUUCGUUUAAAUGUUCGACGUUUGUGAUGUUCUCCUAUGUUUUCUGGUUCAAGAAUUUUUUUUUUUU